AUGGCAGCAAUCCUACGUGUGUUCAACGGAUACGGCCCGCGCAGCAGCACCAACCUCACCUACUGGGGCGUGGCGGGGUGUGCAAAUAACGACAGCCUGGUUCGCUACAAAGACGCCACCACCGCCAUGGGAUUGGAUUACCUCACCCUAGGGACAUUGCUCAUGCUCGUGAAGGAUAGCGAAAGGGCAUUGGUGGAGCGCAUUACAGGCAUGGACAUCAAGUCACCUCUCGGGCUGCCCUCUCCCCGCAAGCCGCACUACAUCAUCAACUUUCUCAGCGGAUACCCCAACAACGAUCCCAAGGCUUUCACCCACUUCUGCACCAGCGUGUUCCUCGUUGCUCCUCUCCUCUCUUUCUCCCGCAGGGCAUUGGUUGAGGGCGUAACAGGCAUGGACAUCAAGUCACCUCUCGGGCUGCCCUCCCCUCGCAAGCCGCACUACAUCGUCAACUUUCUCCCCGGAUACGCUUACGUCGCCAAUCUCGAGGCUUUCAUCGAUUUCUCCGCCAUGGUCUCCCCGUCGCUACUCUCCUCCAUUCUCGAUGGCAACUCUGUCUCGCUGCCGCCUGUCUUUUUCAGCAGCGAUCUGCGCGUGGGCACUGUGAUUGUGGUGCCUAUAUUCCGCCAUCUCGUCCCCGAGAACGCAUUACGGGAGCAGCGGAGGGAGAGUGUGAGCCCCACCGCAUGGGUCGACCUCAGCUAUAUGGGCAACGAGCUACAAGACGUCCUUCACCUGCUGCAUAACGACAGCAGCAGCAGCGCCUACUCAAUAGCCAUGUAUGACACAGCCGACCCAGGGCAGCCCAUUCAAGUGCUCGGCCGGGAGACCAUUUACAGCAGCAGCAGCGCCUACUCAAUAGCCAUGUAUGACACAGCCGACCCAGGGCAGCCCAUUCAAGUGCUCAAUUUACAGCAGCGCCAGCUCCUAUUCGAUCGCCCUGUACGACUCAACCGACCCAGGGCAGCCCAUUCAGACAGCAGCGCCAGCGCCUAUUCGAUCGCCCUGUACGACACAACCGACCCGCAGCAGCCCAUUCAGGUGCUCGGCCCGGAUCCAGUCAAGCUGGAGAGUGGAACCCUCUUCCCCUACGUGCUGCCCGGCCCUGUCGUGCCGGGUCCCAAGCACAUCGAGCCGUUUCCUGAGGACCUGCUGGGCCGCAAAUAUGAGGCACACUGCAGGUGA